AUGUCUAUCGCACAAUUUGAAGAUCUACCGGAUGAAAUUCUGCUCGAAAUAUGUAUUUAUUUAACCACGGUUGAUAUUAUCAAUGCAUUCGGUCGAUCAAAUUCUCGUUUAGAACGGACAAUCACUCAAUUUCGACAUGAUAUUAACCUUCAACAAUUAACACUGAAACAGUUCCAACACUUCUGCUAUCACGUAAUACCUUCUUAUGCUGAUUGUAUUGUUAAACUAACUAUUAAUACCUGGUAUGCACCAGGUGAAAUCGCGCUUUUCAAUCGAUUCAUCGCUCCGUACAAAUCUCUUCAUGAAUUUUUACCUUCAUUGAAACAAAUAUGGUUAAUUAAUUUCAGUAAUAAAGAUAUCGAUAUUAUACCGAAAAUUCUUUCUAUCGAAAAAGUAUUAAUUGAUUCUGAUGCUCAGGUGUCGUUAUUACAUUCGACGAAAGUUCUACUCGAUCGGUAUUUGUUUUGUACACGAAAUUCUAUCAAAGAAUUGCGACUGUACGAUUCCGAAGAAGGAUUUCGAUUACAACACGAUCUUCCUGUCAUGACAUGUUUAUAUUUACAAAAAUUAAUCAUCAGUGUCGCAACAUCGGAUGAUUUAAUAUUAAUAUUUCGUCGUGCACCUAAUCUAAUUAAACUCCACGUGGAAAUUAGUCUGUUUUCUACUGAUUUACCAAAACAGUAUGCAACAACUGACAUUAUGCCCAGACAUAUCAAAGAUUUCCAUCUAUGGGUAAAAGACAAACGUUUGUUGAUCUUUGAAGAUCUUUACAAUAUCCUCACUAAUAUUCCAACAAUCGAAUGUCUUUCACUGGAGAUCGAAACCGAUGAUAUUCAGUACAGUCAAGGUCAUCGAUGGAGAGAACUAUUCUCUUAUUUGCCAAGACUUGCACGAUUAGAUAUGGGAUUGAAAAUCUGGAUUGGAUUUAAUAAAGUACCAAUUGAUGUAACACCGUAUCUGCAAACGUUCUCAGAGAAUGGUUUAGAUAUUUGUGCAUAUGCUGAUACACGAGUGCUUUAUAUCGAUGCAAUUCCUUAUGAAUUUGAUAGUGCAACAGGUGUGAUGACCUCGCCUUCUGCAAGUCGUGCUAAAGCGACGAAUAUGAGUCUAUUUCAGAAACGUGCACGUCGAGUUAAUACAUUAUGUUUUGAUGGUCGCCAUGAAUCGACUUCAGCUAAUGAUUGGUUUCAGGUUAUCCAUCGAUUUCCUACCAUUCAAGUGUUAGAUAUCAUUUCAAUAAACGUCACUGAUCAACUGGACAGUAAAUUUCUUGAAAAUACUCGACAUUUGAGAUUGCCAAAUUUAACUAUUUUGCGUUAUAUUCGUUCGACCAAAUGUCAAGUUAAUAUUCCAUUCUUCAUGUAUCUUGCUAAUAAUGAGGUGCUAGCACCACGGUUAUGUUCAUUGACAAUGAUGUACGGCGAUUUUGUUUAUGUUUGCAAGCGUUUACCGAUUGACUUUCAAUUUACGCGAUUUCACGAACUGCGGUUGUAUGGCAAUGGUGCAGAUGGAUGUAUUUGUUUGAAAGAUAUUCAACUGAUAUUAAAGAUCUUUCCGAAUUUGAAACAUUUUUGGAUACAUGUACAAUCAAGUAGAACAAUCAAUAAAAAUAUUCAAUUCAUAAUCCAAGAAAUCUUAAGUUCAUUAACAAAUUUAAUUAGUUUGCGACUUUCGUGUAAGAAACAUUCAUUACGAUUUCCAGUUCUACCUGAUGAUGAUCACACAUGGAUUCAACAUGCGUGUAGAUUAAGUCAAUCGAAACACGUUCAUUGUACUAUUGACAAAAAAGAAAUAUCUGUAUGGAAAUAG